GGGUCUCUCUGACACAAGUCAUCAUUGAAACCCCAAGCCCCCCACCAUACCCCUAUCUCUCUCUCUAUCUCUCUUUACAUUUCAACUUCUGUGUGUAUAUAUAAAUUUGCUAGUCGUAUCUUUAACCAGCACUACUACAUUCGAGAAAAUCUUUUGAGAAAAAAAUGGGUGAAAGAGAUGAUGGGUUAGGUCUGAGUCUAAGCUUGGGAAAUAGUCAACUAAAAGAACCAUCUCUGAGGUUGAAUCUUAUGCCUUUUACAACUUCUACUUCUUCUUCGUUUCCUCACAUGCACAAUCAGAUUAAUAAUAGCCAUCCCCAGAAGAUUCAUCACAACUCUUGGACUCAUCUAUUUCAAUCUUCUGCUGCAGAGAGAAACUCCGACGCCGGAUCUUUUCUAAGAGGUUUCGACGUGAACAGAGCUGCGUCUUCGGUGGUGGCGGUAGUGAACUUGGAAGAAGAAGCUGCCGUCGUCUCGUCUCCAAACAGCACCGUAUCGAGUCUGAGUGGGAACAAGAGAGAUCUUGCGGCGGCGAGAGGAGGAGGUGAAGAGCACGAGGCGGAGAGAGCUUCUUGCUCACACGGCGGAGGAAGCGACGACGAAGACUGCGGAAACGGCGACGGGUCAAGGAAGAAACUACGGUUAUCAAAGGAACAAGCUCUUGUUCUCGAGGAGACUUUUAAAGAACAUAGCACUCUUAAUCCGAAGCAAAAGCUGGCUCUAGCAAAGCAGUUGAAUCUAAGGGCAAGACAAGUGGAAGUGUGGUUUCAGAACCGAAGGGCAAGGACGAAGCUAAAACAAACGGAGGUUGAUUGUGAGUAUUUGAAGAGAUGUUGCGAUAAUUUGACGGAAGAGAAUCGACGGUUGCAAAAAGAAGUGUCGGAGCUGAGGGCGUUGAAGUUGUCUCCACAUCUCUACAUGCAUAUGACUCCUCCUACUACUCUCACCAUGUGCCCUUCUUGCGAACGUGUCUCCUCCUCCUCCUCCGCCAAUGUGACCGCCGCUCCUCCUCCUCCUCCUCCUGCUACGGUGGUUGGGCGGCCAAGUCCGCAGCGAUCCACUCCUUGGACUGCUAUUUCUCUCCAGCAAGUGCAACGAUCAGGUCGCUAGGGAUGUUUAUUUUCGGUAGUUUGUAGCUUAGAACUAAGAUAUAAAAGUAAUGCAAAUUUUUAAAAAUUAGCUUCUAUCUGUUGAAAAUGGAAACGAAAGAAAGGUUCAAUUUGAAGCUCUAACUCUUAACAUUGUAAAAGACUUUGACGAUAUGGGAAAUAUUGCAACUACCUAGCUUUUA